AUGAGUGAGGAUACUCCCACAUUUGGAGGCUCCCCACCGGAAGCAACCAACAAGGAACCAGCCGACAUAGAGCCGAAUAUGACAGAAGCGGGCAACACACCAGAAACUGGCUGUUCAUCGGGAUGUCCAGCGGCGGCGUCGAGUCUGAAGAUUCCACCCAAACCCCAAUUGGGCCUUGGACCGAGAACUGGACCUCAGACGAGGCUUGGACCCCCAGGAAUGGGGUCUGGAAUGGGACCAGGAAUGAGACCAGGAAUGGGGCGUUGCCCUUUUGCACAUGGAAGAGCCAACCCCCGUGCUGCUGCAGGCGGGUACGGGCAGGUAACGUACGCGGAAAACUCAUCCGCCGUCUAUGAAGAUGCAACCAAGCGGAACCAAGUGCUGGAGUGGGACGAGAUCCAGAAGCAUGUCACCAGAGAGAGUGCCUGGAUGGUGCUCAACGGUAAGGUAUACGACAUAACCGACUAUCUCUCCGUCCACCCUGGUGGUAGUGAAAUACUUCUUAAGUUCUGCGGACGAGACGCGACCAAACAAUUCAUGUCCAUCCACCCCUGGGUUAAUAUCCAGAACAUCAUUGGACAUCGGCAAAUUGGUAUCGCGUCAUCACGACAGGCGGCUUCCAACUCCCUUCGACCGUAG